CUUCUCAAAAUAACAAUGGCCGCAUGAUGAUAUACUACGUGCAAUGUGUUUACAUUUUUGUGUGUGGUUUAUUGUUUAUAUAAACCAGUAAUUUGUUUAUCAACUCAAUAAAUUAAUACUCCUCAUUACUAUGACUGAUAAGAGAUUUCAAUCGGAAAGAAGUAACUCGACACACGAGGAUUUGUCCAGCAGUUCAACAUCAUCAUUUUCUUCAGACGAUGAAACGGACGGUCAAGACUUGAAACCAAUUAAAGAUUAUUUGUAUGAUAGACGAGAAUUGACAAAACAAUUAUUCAUGUCUGUAAAAAUGGAAAAAAUUAGAAUGAUGUUACCACAAGUAUUAAAGAGCAUCAAUAUGAAUGAAUUACAAGAAUGGUGUGCCAGUGAGUUGAGCGGAAUGUCUAAAUCACGAAUAUUAUCAAUACUUGAUGGUAAGCCAAUGAUUAAUUCUUCUGAUACUAGCGAUUCGGAUGAUUCUGGUCCAUCUUUAGAAAUCAUUUCUGACACUGAAGAAUGGAUAACAGAUUCUGAUCAACCAGCUGAUCAAAAAGAUAAAUCAGGAAAAUCUAAUAAAUCUAAAGCAAAGAAAAACAAGAAACAUUCCACAAAUAACCCUUCUCAAGGAAAAUCUUCCCAGGUUAAAGAAAGUUUAAGAAAAAAUAUUGAUUUAACUAAAAUAAAAAAUGAAAAAGAAACCAAGAGUACACCUAAUCCUCAAGGCGAAAGUUUAUUAGAUUUAUUAGAACUUGAAAUGCGCGCCCGAGCUAUUCGAGCUUUAAUUAGAAAAGAAGAAAAUCUUAUUCCCAAUGCCGAAUCUUCUUCAUCGACUUCUGCAACUACAAAUAAUUUAAAUAAACAAAAUAUUUUUCAAACUAAUAGUAAGGAAUCCAAUAAUGAAGUGUUAUCUGAUACAAGUAAAGUUUUUAAUGAAAGUCAAAUGUUUCAAAAUAUAAAUUCAACAUUGAAUGAAGAUGAAGACGUUGUUCUGGUAAUAAAACCAACACCAACAAUUGAAUUAUUAUCCAGUGACAGUGAAAAUGAAAAUUCAGAAAGUUGUACUAAUAAAUCUAAUAAUAAAGUUGAACAAUCUAAUGUGGUAAUGCGACAGGAGAGUGAAUUAAAUAAAGUGGAAUCAAACAAAAAUAUUCUAAAACAAACUCUUUUAGAUAAUGAAAAAAUCAACUGUGAUCAAGUAAAUGAAAAAAAUGGUAAAAAUAAAAUAAGCUGUGAAAAAGAUAAAAAACUUAGUGAAACGGACACUGUGAACAGUGAUAGUAAAGAAAAUAAGAUUAUAAAUCUUUCAUUACAGACAGAAAAUAGUAAUGAGAAUGAUAAAAUAACGUUAAGUGAUUGUGAGGAAGUAAUUGAUUUAGAUGAUUAUUCAAAUGAUAUGGAUGAUAUUGAAAAUGAUAAUACGAAAGAUAAUUUAGAAAAAAGUGAUCACUUAAAAGAGAGUUGUUCAUUCCAAUCUACCGAAACAUGGGCAACUCGGUAUUACCAAACUGACAAUGUGCAGAAUGUUAUAAAAGAAUCUAAAAUCCAAUCUGAGAUAAGAAAACGUUUCCGUGAGAGACAAAAGUUAUCGAAACUUGGUAAUAGUUCUAAAGACUUAAAUAAAAAGUCUUGUACAGAGGAAAAAAGUGCUGAAUUAGACGAAAUAAAACCGACGGGUUCAGUUACUGAAUAUUUAGCUCUAAAAAAUCUUUCCAACUUACCAAGUAAUGAUACAAUAUCCUCUGCAAAUAAUAAACCUACAAAUACUGCAGAUCUUUCUGAACAAGUGUCCGUUACUAGUGCAAAUAAUCAUGAAGAAACUAAGUGUGAUGAACAAUUACCAAUUAAUUUACCUGAACAAAAUUCCUAGUUAUUAUUUAAAAAUAAUUUUAUACAUAGAUGAUAAUAUAAAAAAUAUAAAUAAUUAAAAUAAACUAAGUGAAUGAAAUAAUCUUUUUUAAAAGUAAGAUGAUUUCAAAGAAUCAAUAAAAUCUUAUACAUAUAGAUUAAUUGCAUGGUAUACGUGAGUAUUCUAUAACUCGAAGAUAUUACUCAAUCAUAGAGAUUGAUUUAUCGUGACGGUGACGCAAUUUGCUCGAGAUGCGAAAACGAUUCGAUCCAUCGUCACCGAGUAUGCGCGUGCUAUAAAAUAAUUAGAAGGGAUGGGGAAAUAAGCCAAUCAACAAUUAUUAGUUAUCCUAAACCAGAACUCAAUUAAUAAAGAUAGGUAAUAUGCAUGCAAGCACACUAUUAGUAAUUAAUACUACUGUGUAAAAUCUACAGAGGAAUAUUAUGACAUAAUAUGUAUUAUACUCGUGUUUCCGAUUUAUUUGAAACUCUGUCGAUAUUCUUAUCUUUGUCGUUAUCAUCAUCAUCCCGUAAAACUAAGUAAUGUAACCAUAAUGAGUUAAUGAUUGAGUUAGAUCCAUUAGGUAGUCAUUAUCGGCUCGAUGAAUAUAGAACGGCUAUGCUCUAGGCGAUACUUUGAUAGAUGUUUGAAACAGACAUACGGUAGAGAAAUUAUCGACAGACUUUAGUUUCCUUUUGAACACUAUCAAAGCACCACGAAAUAAUUGCUUCAGUUAAUUUAAAAAAGACCAUCAACUAAUAUUGCGUUGAUAUUUUUCUUUUUCUAUUUCAAAUAUUCA